UAAAUAAAGGUCUGCCCUACACGUUCUUUAGUCCGUGGUGAACUUGUUGAUGAACAAGCAACAGAGGGUUGUCAGGGCCAGUCCACGGGAAGAGAGACGGUUGUGCUAAUCUUCAGACUCCAUAAGCAGAAAGUGCCAGGCGUGAUUGUUUACAUCGCACGGAGAGAGACGAGGCAGCUAAAAAAGGAAACAGUCAUCUGUGAGUGUGCACUACAUAAAGGGCGACACAAGCGGUCAGUGGGCAGACGUACUCUCCACGGUCCGAGGAAACAUGCCGCGUCCGGCAGUGAGACCUCGCACAGCCGCAAAAUACCAGACCAGUUGGAAGAAUAGUGGCGGGAACAGCAGCGCUCCCUGGAAGGAGUGGAGAUUCGGCAUCAAGCCAGGAGCUCGGGGGAAGAAGUACUAUACCGUACAAGAUGUUACUAUCGGCGACCUCACACUAAACAUGAAGGCGGUCUACAAUGUGACUCAAAAAGAAGCCUUGUUCUUCGCCACUGGGCUUAGGCUGUGGCCAUCGGCAAAGAUUUUGUCCAUGUAUCUCGCAGCACACCUUGAAAUCCUGACGUCAGCUGAUGCGAUCAUUGAGCUGGGUUCGGGGCCUGGUCUGGCGGGGAUCGCCGCGGCAAAGCUGUGUGGUCAGCCCAGCAAGGUCUUCAUGACUGACCACAACGAGAACGUGCUCGAACUGCUUCAGGAAAACAUAGAUAGUAACUUUGAGGAAGGAGAAGAUCGUCCGACUUGUGAGUUCCUUGACUGGAACACGGGGGUGGAGAGGUUCAAGAAACGUUACGGGACGUUUGAUGUCGUCCUCGGGGCAGACAUAGUUUACUCUGAAAGAACGAUCAUGCCUAUGCUCAGCACAGCCAGAGCUCUUCUUGCCGAAAAGCCAUCCUCAGUCUUCCUGUUGGUUUACGUGGGGAGGCUGAAAGUCUAUGACGACAUGUUCCGGGAAUGUUCGACCGAGUGCCAACUGCACUGUACCGAAGUGAAGCUAGACAGCAUCCCGGGGGCUUCUGACAUACGGGACGAUAGCGCCAUGCUGCACAAGAUCAGGGUCAUAGUUCUCAGACACAAGGAGUUCCUGGACAGAAGUCUUGAUCUUCUGGUAGCAGAGACGCGUGAAGGAGUUGAAAGUCUCAAAGUUGAAGAUACCGCCGACAACAAACUGGUGCAGCCGGCUGCAGAAGUCGAGAAUCCCGGUCUCAAUGACGGCGUGGCCGAUGAAUCAAAGGAAUAUGACAGGUUUCCUAUUGCUGACCGCAGUGGUAACACACAGAGCUCCCGGUCUAAAGAGCCUUCCGUAACAAAUGAUGGACAGGAUGAAUGUUCAACUAUCAUCGACGAAACGAUAGGAAGUCCGACUGAUUGCAAGGCAAUCGUUCCACUUAAAGACAUUGCUGCAGAAGCACUGAUCGACGCAGCUGAAGAAUCAGCUCCAGCCAAGCCCAACUGUAGUGUCAGAGAUGACAAUGGAAAGACAAUACACAACCAUGGCACCGACAGUGUUGGAUGUAACUCGCAAGCCGAAAGCAACGCGAAGAAUGAAAACGACCUGUCAGUUUGGCCGGGAACAGAGACAGCACCAGCUGGUUUUGGCGGCAGUCCAGAGGCAUCUGGCAAAGGUAUCCCGAAGGACGGCAGAGAGAUGCCAGAAGAGAAGAGCCAGAUGAAAGAAGAGGCUGACAGUUAUGACAUGGACAUUCCCGUUAUCUCUACCACGAUGGCUGUGUCUGAAGCUGAGGAGAAACCGCCGAUUGUGAAUGGCGCCCUGACUGCUGAUGAACUACCAUCCAUUCAGGUGACAUCUAAGGAAGAUGUAGUUAGUUUGACGUCAGAUGUAGAAACAGAGAAAAUGGCUGUAGGCUCUGUUGCAGAGGACAGUGGUAGAGUCAAUGUAGAUGAUUUCGUGACAAAAUCAGAGGAAUCUAGUCAAAAUGAUAGGGUUGUAUGUAGUGAGUUGAAAGUUUCACAAGAAUCAGCUUCGAGUUCUAAUGAUACGACAGAUGAAGUGUUUGAAGCAGACAGGUCAGAUGAUUUACCGAACGAAACUGGACAGGCUGUUGGCAUUUUCACUAGUCAGACGUAUGUAAGUGACACCGAAACAGUAGGAUGUGAAGCUCGGGAUAUGUUUGAUACAAAAGUCAAUCAAGACGUACAGUCAAUGUGUGUGGCCAAUUCAGUAAAGGGCACACAGUCUGAUGAUAUCACGAUGACGAAAGGUGAACCACUAAGCGAAGAGUUAUCCGGCAAUGGGAAUGAAAUCUCGUUAUUUACGGCGUGUGAACCUGUUGACAAAACCUCUUUAUCUAAAUGCACGGGCAGCAUGGAAUUAUGCUCAGAUUUUGGGAACGAUGAUGAAAUCAAUUAUCAUGUACUUAAUGGUAAUAAUGAAACACGGUUUGAUACAGACAAAAACGAGUCUGUCGAUAGUAUUGCAGAGGAACAGUGUCAGACAGUGCCAGAUGAUAGAGUUAGUGGAGAAGACAAAACGAUAAUCAUAGAUCAAAAGCAGAGACAAGCUAGGGCGGAAGAAGACUCUCAAGACGAGUCAUUUGAGAGGGAUUCAGUGACUGCUGAUUCGAUCUACGAAGAAGCAGAUAGUAGGUCUGAUCAAACAGAACCUACGUUCAUCGUCAAACAAGACAACGACACAAAUUAUAGUGAGGAAAAGGCAAAGGUAGAAACAAGCCAUCAGCUUGAGACAAAAAAUAAAUAUCAAGAGUUUGGUGAUAGCGAUUUAAAUAUGUCGCUGUACUCUGCUAUGAUGCACCUUGUUCUGAUCCCCACGUUUGUGUUCGUGGUCAUGUUCCUUGUUUCUUUUCUGGUGGCCUCCGUUUGGUUCCAGAUUUUCUUUAACACUUGAACAAGAUUAAGAAACAAUGAUGAAGGGAAAAGGCAACAAGAGACAGAACAGGUCCAGCGCGGGGCACAUGAAGCAACAGAAUGCAGUGAAGGGUUGUUUUGGGUUGUCGGAAGAUUUCUUGCUUACUAGUCGAUCAGCAAAGAUAAUCACCUCGAUUUGACCAACAACUCCAAAUAUUUUGUGCUUUUUGAAUUAAAAAUCCUUGUAUUCUUGGAUUCAUACCCGGCAUUUGUCAACGUUAGCCAGUUUUACUGGGUCCAAUCAGUCGCGACAUGGUUAUAGACUGUUAUGUCAGUUACCCAGCUGGAGGAUGUUAUACCUACCUCGAUAUAGGAGUGCACCUGUCCUCAGUAGGGCCCUUAUCAAACUUAGGUAACUCCAAUAGUGUGCGACAUCAGAAAUCGUGUUUCGCACGUGCUUCUAAAGGGCUAAUACCGUAGCUGUAGAGGCAAAGAGAAUGGCCUCUACAUCUACGUAGACGCCAUUCUCAACAGGCAGAAGUCAGAAUUAACGCUUAAGUAAGUAUUCAAAACACAUCACGUAUAUUGGUUCACCGUUCGAAAUAAGUAGCUAUGAGAUCGCAGCUGAAGAUAGAUCAGUGGAUACAAACGUGUUCUUUUUUAAAUUUUAUUAGAGUAGUUUAAACCUCAGCAUUGCAAUAUUAAUUUAGUCAAAUGUGAGACAGUAGAUUCAAGGGAAGUUUUCGCAUUGAAAAUGGUUGUAUUGGUGCAUGAUGAACAAAAAGUAGCUUUCUUCCUUCAAAUAGUUGUUUAGUUUUGAUGAUAUAGUGUUGUUUGCAUUAUGUUAUAUAUGAGUUUUACCAUUUCCCCCGCUGUACUGCAUGUUGAUGUGUCCUGUAUACAACUCAUUGUAGCUGACGGAUCGUCAUCAUCUUGUAGUGUGCUGAUAUCCAAAGUGUACAGCAUUGUUUUAUGUGCUGCACGUACUCAUCAAACCUGUCAAUGUGACGCCAUUUGUUGUGCUCGAUGGAAAGAAUAUGAAAAACCGUAAUUACGAAAAGUGAAAUGCAUGGAAUUUGCAAGUAGGGUCGGAGAUAGAGAAACUCACGACCGUCUGUCAUGUCACUUCAUGGCAUUAUAAAGCGUUUAUCAACCAUU